CUUUAUUUAAUUGUUAAUAAUAAUUUUUUAUAAAGGUUUAUUUAUUUAAACUAUUCGAUUUCAAUAAAAAAUAGAGAAUAAACAAAAAAUAUAAACACAAUAGUAAAUAAUUUAAAAUGAAGAGUUUUAGGUGAUUAGAAGACCCCAUUCUAAAAGGCUAGAGUUUUUCUAUUGGUUAAUCAAAAAUUGUGUUUUUUUUUUUUUAAAUUUUUGGUUAAUUUUUUUAAAAUUUUUUUUCAUAUAAUUUUCAUUAAUCAAUAUUAAUUUAUUCGUUUUUUAGGGACAAAGAAAAAAAUAAAAAAAAACAAUAAAAAAAAAAAACAAUGGUGAGCGACAAUAAAAAAACAAAAAUAGACAAAUCAGAGAAAAGCAAAUUCAAUCGUGUUGUUAGAGACCCAAAUGAUCCAUUAGAAAUCGAUUAUAUGAGAGGUUACCAAACCACUGCCUCAUCAAAUAUAUUAUAUUUUGCUUCAAUCUUUUUCACAGCAGGUUUAAUAUUAUUAGUUUUCCAUUGGGUACCAAGAUGGGGUAUUAAAUUAAGAUUUAAAGAAACAACUUUAAGUAACGCAAAUUAUGUUUAUGUAAAAUCAAACGAUAAGAAAUAUGAAUUAUGUAAAGUUAAUACUGUUUCAAUUGGUAAAGAAUUAGCAAUUUCAGGUGUUGAUAAAGUUGAUAAAUACAUCGAAUUUAAAUUUACAAGAUUAUUUUAUCAAAUCGACAAGGAUCUUUUCAUCAGACCAGAAGCUAAAGUUAUGUAUAGUAGGGAUGAGAUUGCCGAGAUCUCAAAAACAGGUUUAAGUUCAAGCGAGCAUCGUAAAGGUCGUGAUCUUUUUGGAGCCAAUCUUAUUAGUGUACCAUUAAAAUCAAUUCCAGUAUUAUUAUUAGACGAAGUAUUACAUCCAUUCUUUAUUUUCCAAAUCUAUUCAAUUAUUUUAUGGUGUACCGAACAAUAUUACGUUUAUGCAGGUGCAAUUCUCUUCAUUGCUUUGGUUUCAGCUGGUUUUACUCUUCGUGAAACACGUAAUAAUUUAAUUCGUCUCAACGAAAUUGCCACUUACAAAUGUGAUGUCAAUGUUUUAAGAGAUGGUCAAUUCAAAAUGGUUUCCUCCGAUAGUUUAGUACCAGGUGAUAUUAUCGAACUUUCAAAAUCAUUAAUUUUACCAUGCGAUUUUUGUCUUUUAAGCGGUACAAUCAUUUUAAAUGAAUCUAUGCUUACUGGUGAAUCAAUUCCAGUAACUAAAUAUUCAUUAGAAGAAUGUUCAGGUGACCAAUUAUCUGUAGAUCCAAAUGUCAAUAAACGUUGUGCAAUCUCUGGUGGUACUAUGGUUGUUAAAACUCAAGCAAAGAAUAAAGAAUCUAAAAUUUUAGCUAUGGUUACCAAAACUAGUUGGUUAACCACCAAAGGUAGUUUAGUUUUAUCCAUGCUCUAUCCAAAGGAAUCCCACUUUAAAUUCUUCCAACAAUCAAUUAAAUUCCUUUUAGUUUUAUGUUCAAUCGCUUUAGUCGGUUUUGGUGUUAGUGUUUGGAGAUUAUUAUUAGCAGGUAAAACUCACAGUGAAGUAGUUGUUGAGGCUUUAGAUCUUAUUACUAUUGUUGUUCCACCAGCUCUUCCAAUGGCUCAAUCUGUAGGUACUGGUUUCUCAAUUAUUCGUUUAAAGGCCAAACAGAUUUUCUGUAUCUCACCACCAAGAGUUAGCAUGGCUGGUAAAGUUGAGGUCUAUUGUUUCGAUAAAACUGGUACCCUUACCGAAGAUGGUCUUGAUUUAAUGUGUGUUCUUCCAUCAAAUAAACAAAAUUUCUCAGAUGAAGUUGUUGAUAUCUCUCGUAUGAAUGGUCCAUUAUUUUUAACUAUGGCAACCUGCCACACUUUAGCACAUAUCGACGGUAAAGUAAGUGGUGAUCCAUUAGAAGAAAAGAUUUUCGAAGCCACCAAAGCUGAACUCGAUGAUCACGAUUCAAAUGGCGUUCAAGGUGAAAUUGUUUAUCCAAUAUGCACAAACGAUGUUGAACAAUCAUCAGAUAUUGCAUUAGUUGAAAGAUUUGAAUUCCAAUCUGCUCUUCAAAGAAUGAGCGUUGUAGUUAGAGGUAUUAAUAAACAAAAUGGUCAAACAACAUCCAAAGAUUUAGCUAUUGUCAAAGGUUCACCAGAAAUGAUUAAACGUUUAUCAGUUCCAGAAUCAAUUCCAUCAGAUUUCGAUCAUAUUCUCAGCAAUUACACAAAGAAAGGUUAUCGUGUUUUAGGUUGUGGUUAUAAAGAAUGGGACCCAACAAACUCAAUUGGUAAAACUAAAGACGAAGUUAGAUCACUCGUUGAAAGUGAACUUUAUUUCACCGGUUUUGUUAUUAUGGAAAAUAAAAUUAAAGCUGAAACUCCAGGUGCUCUCAAGGUCUUAAAAGAUGCAAAUAUUAGAAUUAUCAUGGUUACUGGUGAUAAUGUUUUAACUGCAGUUAGUGUCUCUAGAGAUUGUGGUCUCAUCGAAAAAGAUAAAACUAUUUUCAUGUCAGAACUCGUCAAUGAUUCAAUUGAUGGCCCAACCAUUAAAUGGACUGAUGUAACCCACGCUGAGGGUACUAUUCCAUACCAAUUGGAUAGCGGUACAUUAACUUGUGAUGCAAACGAUAACUUUUCCUUAGCUGUAACUGGUGACGUUUGGAAGGUCUUUUAUGAAAAAUAUAAAGUUGCUGGUCCAUCCAUUAGUUUUAAUCAAAUUUUAAAGAAAGGUCAAGUAUUUGCUCGUAUGACUCCAGAUCAAAAACAAAAUCUUGUCGAAGAACUCCAAAAUCUUAAAUUAUAUGUUGGUAUGUGUGGUGAUGGUGCUAACGAUUGUGGUGCAUUAAAGGCUGCUCAUGUUGGUAUUUCUUUAUCACUCGCCGAAGCUUCUAUUGCUGCUCCAUUCACUUCUACCAUCACAAAUGUCUCAUGUACUCAUAAUCUUAUUAGAGAAGGUCGUGCCUCAUUAACUGUAUCUUUCAAACUCUUCCAAUUCAUUGGUAUGUACUCCUUAAUUCAAUUCAGUCAAGUUAUUCUCCUAUACUUUGAUGGCUCUGUCUUAAACAAUUAUCAAUACCUUUAUCAAGAUCUUUGGGUCAUUUUCCCAUUGGUAAUUUUUAUGGGUAGAACUGAACCAUGUAACAAGUUAGCAAAUAAGAGACCAUCAUCUCGUUUAAUUAGUUCAACUGUAAUUGGUAGUCUUUUAGGUCAUGUCACUCUCACUUUUGUUUUCCAACUUAUUGUUUACAUUUUAGUAAGACGUAACUCAUGGUAUAUUCAUCCAUCAGAACACAGUUUAUCAUCAUAUGAAGGUCCAAAUGGAGUAGCCGAGGUUAGACUCGAUGAACUUUUAGCAUCCCUCUUUGUCUAUGGUAAUAUCCAAUAUUCAAUUAUGUGUUUCAUUUAUUCCUGGGGUAAACCAUUCCUUAAACCAAUCUAUACCAAUUACACCUUCUUUAUCUUCUUCAUCAUCACUCUCUCAACUUCAUUACUUUUACUAUUAUUACACGUCAGAAUUCACUUCUUUGGAACAACAUGGUUAGUAGAUUUAGACAUAAUUUGGAGGGUUAAACUUUUAGCUUUGGCAGUCGGUAAUGCUAUUGCCUCAAUGUGUGUCGAAAGUAUGAUCAUUGUUUACCGUCAAAAACGUUCAAAGGAAAAGAGAAAGAAGAAAGCUUUAAUGGAUUCAAACCCAGUUUUAUUAGCAAAAAAUACCAUCAACAACCAAUAUACAAGCCUUAAUUAAUAAAAACUAUAAUAUAAAUGUUUAAUUAAAAUUAAAAUAUUUUUAAAUUUUAAUUAUUUCAUAACUAAAAUAAAACCAUUGGAGAAAUAAAAAAAAAAUUAAAAAAAUUAUUAUAAAACAUUAAAACUUUAUACAGAAUUCAGGUUUCUUCAAUAAUGUAAUUGCUGUAAGGAAUUCUUGAAAGAGAAUAUAUUUAAUGUAAAAUAAAUAGUUAAUUUAUUUCUUUAUUUAC